AUGGCUCCUGGAAAUAUCACCUGGGUCACUGAGUUUAUUCUCAUAGGUGUCUCGGGCAGUCCAGAUCUCCAGAUUCCACUCUUCUUUGUCUUUCUGGUCAUCUAUGUGCUGACCUUGGCUGGGAACCUGAGCAUCAUCACCCUCACCAUUGUUGACUCUCGGCUUCAGACUCCCAUGUACAUUUUCCUCCAGCAGUUGGCCAUCAUCAAUCUUGGCAACUCUACUGUCAUUGCCCCUAAAAUGCUGAUCAAUUUUUUGCUAACAAAGAAAACCAUCUCCUACUAUGAAUGUGCCACCCAACUGGGAGGGUUUUUGGUUUUCAUUGUAGCUGAGGUUUCCAUGUUAGCCGUGAUGGCCUAUGACCGCUACGUGGCCAUUUGUAACCCCCUGCUCUACAUGGUGGUUUUAUCUCGCCAAAACUGCCUUUUGCUGGUAUCCCUUACUUACCUCUAUAGCUUUUCCACAGCUGUUGUGACUUCAUCUUUUGUAUUCUCUGUGUCUUACUGCUCUUCCAACAUAAUCAAUCAUUUUUACUGUGAUACUGUCCCUCUGUUAGCAUUGUCGUGCUCUGAUACUUACCUUCCAGAAACAGUCAUUUUUGUAUCUGCAGCUACAAAUUUGGUUUGUUCCAUGACAAUAGUUCUAGUAUCGUAUUUCAAGAUUGUUCUGUCCAUUGUAAGGAUACGUUCAUCAGAAGGAAGAAAAAAAGCCUUUUCUACGUGUACUUCGCAUAUGAUGGCAGUCACAGUUUAUUAUGGGACACUACUAUUCAUGUACUUGCAGCCGGGAACUAACCAUUCACUGGACACUGAUAAAAUGGCUUCUGUGUUUUACACACUUGUGAUCCCCAUGCUGAAUCCCAUGAUCUAUAGCCUGAGGAAUAAGGAUGUGAAGGAUGCCUUAAAGAGAUUUCUGACAAAUGUAAGCUUUUCUUUUAGAUCAAUGUAA